AGUAACGAGAAGAGCUUCAUCCACAGUGACACGAUGUUGCUUCGUUGUGGCCACAAAUUAACGAAGAGUGGCUUUCACGCCAUAUCCUUUGGGGUAGCAGCUUGGCUUUCUUUCGGUCCACAAUUUUAACACCAUUUUUCUUCGGCUCGCUCUCUCGCUGAUAAAUUGCUCUGAACCCUACUCUCUCUGCGCGUAUCUAGCUGAGCUCAAUCGGCGAUGGAUAUUAUGCUCUCAAAUACAACGUUAUUUCCAAGACCAACCCUCCUUCCGGUUUGUACAGUUACCUCCACCUCCUAUUCUCCCGCCACUUCUUUCGCGCCCAAGAUGCCUUUCUUCGCGUCUCGAAGUCAAAGAAGAGCACCGUGCAGGUCCCGUAAUUCCCCGACUGCAGUUGGUAAAUUUUCAAUAACUUGCGGUGGUAUUACGGAGAUAAACGAGAGCCAGUUCUCUGACACGGUCUUGAAGUCGGACCGGCCGGUUCUCGUGGAGUUCGUCGCCAACUGGUGCGGUCCCUGCCGCUUGAUCUCUCCUGCCAUGGAAUGGGUCGCCCAGGAAUAUAGAGACAGAUUGACGGUUGUAAAAAUCGAUCAUGAUUCGAACCCAAAACUAAUUGAAGAGUACAAAGUUUAUGGAUUGCCAGCUUUGAUCCUCUUCAAGAAUGGGCAGGAAGUUCCAGAAAGCAGGAGGGAAGGUGCGAUUACAAAAGUGAAGCUUAAGGAAUAUUUGGAUGCUUUGUUGGGGUCAAUAUCAGUUGCCUAGUCAGCUAAACAUCUUGCUUGCCGAACUUGCUGAUUCCUUCAUAUUUGAAAUGGGUGGGAAAUUGUGGAUAUGGACAGUUCGCUUCCUUUAAUUCAUCUCUUCUUAUAAAUACUUUGUAACAGAGUCGGUUGUAUAAUUUAAGCUGUUAAAAACAGAGUAUUUCAUGAGCCUGUAAGGAUUUGGUUAAAUGCGCGUGUUACAUAUAUGUAUGUUCUGUACUCUUGUCCGAUUUUAA